UACCAUUGAAAACAUCGCCGCGAAGGCAAGUCGUAAUUUCUCUCCAUUGGGCAUGCGUAUCGCAUGCGUAUCUUAUUCCGGCUAGCAUCGGCCAAAAUUUAAACAAGAUGGCUGCUAAAGUAAAUGAGCUAGGUUGCAUCUGAUGAAAACAUUGCUAGUCUUUAUUUUUUACUGAAAAGUUUUAAUAUAAUCGUUUAAAAACAGUAACCAAUCAAGAAUGGAAGGGGAAACACAUGUAAUUCUAAAUACACCAGUAGUUAAAGUGGAACCAUAUGAGGUAAUUACAACAGAUGUUUCAACUGAUAGUGCAACUUUUGAAGACAUAAAACCAGACGUAUCCAUUAGCACUUUUAACGAGAGAAACCCAAAUGUAUCAGAUUCAACACUUGAAGACAUAAAUCCAGAAGAAUCAAUUUCCACUUAUGAAGGCAUUGAUCCAGAUAGAUCCAUUUCAUAUCACGAAGACAUAAAUCAAGAUGAAGUGGAUACUCAGCAAAACAUAUCCAUUGAUUACUCUUCUUUAAGAUAUCCAUUAAUUCACAGUGAAGUGAUUUCAUACGUGUGUGAUUUAUGUAAUCGAAAAUUCAUGAGGAAUAGCAACAUAAGACAACAUUUAAGAAAACAUAUUAUAGGAGAAAAGUUACAUAAGUCUGGCUAUAAUCUGCAUAACUUGAUGUAUUCAAAAAAAAGGCCAUAUGAAUGUGAUGUAUGUCAAAAAAGGUUUUUACGGAAGUCUUAUUUAGAUGUGCAUAAAAAUAUUCAUACUGGUGAAAACCAAUUUGAGUGUGAUGUUUGUCAUAAAAAGUAUUCUCAGAAAUCUUACUUAACUGCACAUAAAAACAUUCAUUCUCAAGAAAAGCUAUAUGAGUGUAACAUUUGUCAUAAAAAGUUUACCUUUAAGUGUCAUUUAGCAACACAUGAAAAACUUCACUUUGAAGAGAAGCAAUAUGAAUGUAAUUUUUGUUUUAAAAGGUUUUUUCUGAAGACAAAUUUAACUCAACAUGAAAAGAUUCAUCUUGGAGAUAGGCAGUUUGGAUGUGAAAUUUGCCAUAGAAAGUUUACUCAGAACUCUCAUUUAACUAAGCAUAAAAUGCUUCAUACUGGAGAAAAACCAUACGAAUGUGACAUUUGUCAUAAAAAGUUUGCUCUGAACGAUUACUUAGCAACACAUGUAAAAAUUCAUGAUAAAGUAGACAACUAUGAAUGUGAAAUUUGCCAUAAAGUUAUUUUCAAGAAAUAUCUAAUAGAGCAACAUAAAAAAAUGAACUGUGGCAGUAAAACUUAUGAGUGUGAUGUUUGUCAUAAAACAUAUUCCACUAACUCUUCUUUUAAUACGCAUAAAAGGCUUCAUACUGGAGAAGAGAAAUUUGAAUGUAAAAUUUGUCAUCAAAAGUUUAAUAUGAUGAUGUAUUUAACAAAACAUAAGAAAGUUCAUGAUAAAUAUGGACCUCUUGAAUGUGAGGUUUGUCACAAAAUGUUUAAAAGGGAAUUUCAUUUUCAACGACAUAAAAAGAUACAUUUAGAAGAAAAUUAAUAUAUACUCAGAAUUCGCCAUCAUAUUUAACUAAGUCUUAUUUGAAUAUCAAGUGUAUAUUUGGUUUAAUAAUAGAUAAUUAUAAUAAAUAUAUUUAGACAGAAUGUUUGUUCUGAGCAUUUUUAUCAAAGCCUAUGAAAUUGUUUUUUGUAAAGUUAACAUAAAUAUAUUUGUAUUGUAGAGUAAGUUGUAUUGGCUGUUUUAUAUAUUUGAAAAACAUAAGGAAAUAUAAUUUAAAUCGUUAUGCUUUUAAGUACGUUACGUCUUUUUUUCAAACGAAUAUUUUAAAGUCAAAUUUUAUUGAAUCUAAGCUUCCAGAUGUUCUUGUUGAAUCUAGUAAAAGGCUGGCAAAGAUUAGUUAUUGUAACUGGAUAGAAAUGCCUGUAAUUUUAUAAUCAAAGGGCGGCUUACCUUUACUGACUCACCUGUUGUGUAUUGGUAUUGUAAAAAGUCAGUUUACCUAUGUUUAAUUAAUCCUUUAUUUUAACAAAAUUACAAGUUGUUAUUAUAUUUUUCUUUUUGUAUCAUACUACUUUACUUUAAACAUUUUCCAGCUCACAUAAAAAAGGCUCAAUACAAAUAACAUAAUAAUUCAAGCAUUGCAUAAUCUGUCAUUUUUUUUUUAAGAAAUCUGUAUGUCAUGUGAGCGCCAGGAUGGCUGAGUGGUAUAACCCUCGACUGCUAAAUGCAAGGUUCCGAGGUCAAAGGUCAGAUCUCAGACUUGAAACUUAGGAACAUAUUUUGGUUCACUCAGCUCACAGAUGAAUGUGAGGAAAGAAAAGGCAGCCUAGUACUGACAACACUUUCCUGAUAUGUCAUCAUCAUCUUUUCCCCAUGUGUGCCUAAGACACAUGGAGGAGAUAAAGUAGAGUUCAUCUCUUUCAAUGACUUUGGCAUAAAGGGGAUAAUGUGGUUGACAUAUGCUCAGCCACCUUUGUUUCCUUAAUGAACAUUAGGUGCCCAUCAAAGCUUGGUUGAAUCAGGGAUGUUCUACUGAUUUGAACUCAAGACGUUCGAGUUAGUAGUCUAACGCUCUACCAUUAGCCCACGCUGUCCCCUUAAAUGUCACAUGGAAUUAAUCUGCCAUCUGAUCAGAAUGAAUAACUUUUUGUGUCAUGUAUAUGAUUACUAUAUUGUUUAUAGGUUUUGAAACAAUUUUUAUUUACCCUCACAGGGUAAUUUAAACUAAAUAGUAAAUAAAAUAAUAUUUAUUGUAUUCUCACGUGGUUAGAAAUAAUAGAAAAAUACAAUUUAUUAGUUAAAGAAUGAUGUAUGCUGUGCUGUUCUGGAAGUAAAAGUUGUUAUCAUUAUCAUGACUAUGGUAAUUUAGAUUUAGUACUACUCCACUCUAAUUCAUGAAUUAGAUCGAAUUUAGGUCUGUUAUCAGAGGUUUUAUUUCUCUGCAUAAAUUGUGUAUAUUAAUUUAUACAUAUAUAUAUAUUAUAUAUAUAUAUAUAUAUAUAUAUGUAUACAAUAUUUAUAAUUAUAAUGUUUAUCAUCCUAUAGUGUAGUGUAUCUUUUUACAUCAUGUUAUUAAAAAUAGGAUUAGAGCACAUCAUUGCUUAUGAUCUCAAAGAGACAAUUUGUUAAGAUUAGAAUUAUUACCAUAGAGACAAGCCUUAUUACUGAGGGUAUAAUUCCACUUUCUGGCAGUGAAUGGCGGAAAUCAACUCUGCUACCAUCAACUCUCUGCAUUCCUACCAAUUUAAGUGCCUGAAUGGGAUAAAAGGCAUUCACUGACCCAACAUAAAAGUUACUAAAAGAAAUGGAAGCCAUAUCAGAAGUAAUUGAAAAGAUAUGCCACUGGAUGAAAUCUGAUUAAAUUACGACAAUGGAGCUGGGAUAUUGCAAGGAAAAAGGAAAAUAGUGAAGGCCAUGGGAAAACAGGGAGAAGCUUUGGAGAAAAAGGACUGACGAUAGCUGAAAUAUUCUUGAAUAUUCUGGAAAACUGCAAUAAAAGUUGCCAGAAAAAGUCAGAAGUGGAAAGAUUUUUUUUUUGUGAUAUCCCUAUGUUCUGGACACAUGGAAAAAAAAAUUAUUCCAAUAAAAUAUUUCUUUGGCUUCAUUUCAUGUUUCUCUUAGUUCUAGCUAAUUACAAAUUAAGUAAAACCUAUCAGUCUUUGAACAUUUGGCAUAAUAUUUUUUUUUUAUAUUUCAAUUGUAAAUAAUGUUAAGUGCUUGUUUUUAAUUUUAAGUACUAUAAAAAUGUAUUAGUGUUGUAAAUCUGACUUAAAUAUUUUUAUUAAGAUGGUUGAAAGCCAUAAUAGGCCACCUACACCUGCACUUAAAUUCACUACCAUUCAUACACAUUUCACAGAAAUUUUCUGUUGUCUCAAGUUCUAGAAUCCUAGACUAUCUCUUUUCUAUCAGACUUAAAUCUUAUAAUUUUAGUUUUUAUUUUCAUAUUAUAACGCAAGAAAAUGUUGAUAUACUCUUUGUUUAUAGGAAUAUAAUUUUAUUAAUAAUAAUGAACUGCCAUCACCGAGUAAAUCAAAAUUAAAUGUUGAAUUAUCUACACGUUAAAAUUAAUUCUGUAAAAUUUUGUUUAAAAAAUU